AUGCCGUUCCCCAAGGCGGUACCUCGACACGCUGGCAAAUCGGCCCGUGACUUCACCAUGCUUCACCUUGAGUCCGAUCUCCGGGACUGGUGGCUGAAGAAGGACAAGGAGUGGCUCACGGUCCUGUCCGAGGCUUUGCAGACGGUGCAAAAGCAUUCUCCUAUAACGUAUCGCAUCCGAGUCAGACUGUCUCGCGCGGUGGAGAAUACCUCCAUGACGGACAUCUUCCUGGAUAUGGAUGGAGGAAACUCGGCCAACAAUCAGCUGUGGGCAUUUGCUGACCCCCAAGCUGAACAUCAUUCCGACGAUGAUCUGUUCAUGGGUGACUUUUUGACGGAUUUAACAGUUUAA